AUGGGAGGUGCGCCUUCUCGGGAGGCGACAGUUGUGUACUCGUAUCUGCGAGGUACGUAUGAAAUUGGCCUCAUUCCCCUUACAAGUGCUUUCUUUGGCCGGCCGUCAGGACGGGGGGAACAUGAAGGGGAAAAUGUGCUACGGGGGCAUUUCUUACAGAUGCGGGAGGAUCUCUUCGCGGCCUGUACACUCCCAACCCGAAACAAAGUGCUCUCAUGGACAGAAAUCGUGCCCAAUCGAUUUACGGGGGAGGACCUUGACGCGUUUUUGGAAAUUGUGGACAAGCGGCUCUACCCAACAAAUGCGGCAAUGGUAGCAGAUAAAAAUUCUCCACUUCUCCCGGUCCCAUGUGCUGUUUGUCUUGUCUGCAAAGAUGGUCGGGAGCGCCGUGGCAGUUUUCGCUGGCGCGGGCGGAACAUUGUCAUCAUCGGUUACUUUGGAUGCAUGGAUGAAAAGCUUGAUGCGGCUUUCAAAACAGAGAAACGCACGCCACGCCAGGGGAUGUACAGCAUCACUGCCGCUGUAUUUCCCUCUAUUGGUGAUCGUACGUUUGACCGCGUUCUUGCCUUAGCACCAGUGAUGCUUCGGGGGCAGUUUGUGGGAUCUGUGUUGCAACUCCGUAGGGGAGGAGGGGAAUUCGCAACGCCCUUGAGUGAGCGUGGGGAAAUGGUUGAUGUCUCUAGUGAGGCUCCUUCGCUCGGAGCGGGAAUUGGUGGAGUGGUAGGGCAAUCAGAUGGAUUGAUUCAUGAGGAUUCUGCAGUUGACAGCGCCUUCGAAAUGUUCGUGGAGCGCGUCUCCCAGAUGUCUGUAUUCGUUGAGGUGGUCUCGGAUAACUACUCGUCACUGAAGUCUCUAGUGGAAAAUGUUGCCUUCAUCCAGAUUCAUACACAGGCGGAACCUAAACAGUGUACGCUUGAUCUUCCUCCAAUCGUUCAGAACGCCUUUAAUCGCACUACAACUGCGAGCAGUUGCGAGAAGAAAGCUGACGCGGAGGGUCACCAUGCAGAAAAGUCGCCUCCACAACGUUCAUCUGCCAUGGAACAGGGGUCUUCUUGUUGCACCGUGCAAGGAGUAAGCUGCUCGUUGGAGCGCGAUGAUUUAACCGAUCUGUCCAGUGUGGAGCCUGAAGGUUCAUCUCACUUAAGUAAAGUGCCAACGGAGGAUGGUGGUAGUUUUCACUUCUGUACAGAGAUAGUUCGUGUUCAUUUCAACGAGAGAUAUGUGUCCCUAGCCAUCCAGUGGCUCUCAAGUUUCUUCCGAAAACCAACCUUGCUUGAGAAUGGUUAUUGGGUACACUACUGCCUGAAAAAGGAAGAGGAAGUGAUACGCAGAAUACUCUGCCAUCGCGAUACUAUUGUCUCCGGUUGGCGAACGUCUCACCCCGAACUCGCUAAUCAAUACAUGGGUGACGGCACGGACAAACUACUGGAGCACGUACGGAUCCUUCAGCACGAAUUACAACAAGCCCGCAAGGCUGCAGAAGAACCUACACUGCGUAAAAAAGCCAGUACGCCUCCCACUCUGCCGUGUCCGAAUACCACUUCAAUGGCAGUGUUGGCACCACCCCCUCCGCCUCAUGUGAUGCCGUACGCCGUGCCUCCUCUUCCGUCACCGGUUUAUUUUGUUCAACAGCAACCUGUGGGAAACCCCAUGUUUGUGUCGUUGCUUCCUUUUCAGCAAGUGCAGCAGGUUCCACAAGUGCAACAGAUCCCACAAUUUCAGCAGGUGCCGCAAAUUCAGCCACUGCAACAGAUUUCGCAUGUGCAGCAGAUCCCUCAAUUGCAGCAAACCCAACCGGUACAGUCGAUAUCGCAUGUUCAGCAGAUUUCGCAUGUGCAACCGAUUCAUCAAGUGCAGCAAAUCUCACAUGUGCAACCGAUGCCAUUGUACCACCUCCAACCACCUGAAUUACAACAGCCCUCGGUUUGUUAUCUUCCCUUUGGGGAUGGAGGAGCUCUACCCCCAAGUUAUGUCAUUCCAAGCUCGCUGUCGUAG